CUUUUUUAUAUUUUCUUGCCCCAAAUUGUUUCUUCAAAGCUCACGAAAACAAACCCUAGGACGUAAAACUGAGGAAUAAAAAUCUGUUUUUUAUCCAGCAUCUGAGAUUUGAACUCCCUAAUUCGGACUUUGGUGAUCGUCUGUACCUGUCUAAUUUCUCGAAAAGAGACUUUUGAUACCUGUUAAAGAAGAUAAGUGGCUAUGAGAUUCAAAGCUGGGGACACGGUUGAGGUGAUGCAGAAUAAGGAGGUACCAGCUUCGUGGCGUGCUGCAGAAAUACUAUGUUGCAGCGGGGAUACUUAUACUAUCCAAUAUGUUUGCUAUCCUGGUAUGGAAAAUAAGCGGCUGGUGGAGGUGGUUUCAAGGAAGUUAUUGAGACCUUGCCCUUCUUCGCUACAAGGUGCCAAGUGUUUCAUAACGGGAGACAUUGUUGAGGUCUUCCAUCAAUAUUCUUGGAAGAUUGCUGUGGUCUUGAAUGUUCUAGGAGGAAAAAAAGAAAGUAGAAAUAAUAAGAUCCAUCACAAGGUUUCGACAUGUAAAAAAAAAUAUCUAGUGAGGCUACUUGGGUGUUCAAAGGAAUUGGCUAUUGAUAGAACGAAGGUCAGAAUGAGACAGACAUGGCAUGAUGUGAAAUGGCUUCAAUUGACAAAGAUUCCUCAAGCUGGGGAUGAUGUAAUAGUGAGCAAGCCAUCAAAGUCAAAUUGUUUUCCGAAUAUGAACUUCCAGGUUCCAGUGUUCAAUUCAAAAUCUAAAUAUCAACCUGGAGAUGAUUGUGGAAGCUUCCAAGAUGAAGCUGCACUGCGGGAAUCUGCUGUUGUCUCUUCAAGAACCUUAAAGAGGAUGUCCCCUUAUAUUUCCUCUGUUGUUGAAGCCAAUGAAGGACCUGUACAAAAAUUUAGAGCAGCAGAGAAAGAAGACCGAAAGCAGCGAAUGGUUGAAAAGGUACAUGCUGUUGCUUUCCCAAAAGAAAUUUUGGGCGAAACAUACAUGCAUGCUUCCCAUAAUAUUAUAUCAAUUGGAUAUGAUCAAAUGGAGAGGCAAAAACAAAAUGCCGUGCUUGGAUAUUCAGGGUUCAGAGACUCUGAAUUAAAUUGUUCUGACAGUGAUGUUUGUUCUGUUGGUAGUUGUAGCAUUACUAACCAGAGUCUUAAAAGCUAUUCUAAUUAUUUUAUGCCUGUGCAUUGCCAAGAGACGGACACCCAUAGUGAUGCAGAGUCAUUUAAUGGUUCAGGCUUUGAGAGGGAGAGUUUCUCUCUCCCCCCAAAAGAGGUGGUUGAGGUCAGUAUGCGUAGCUUAGAGUUGCAUGCCUAUCGCAGCACUCUGGAAGCUUUGUAUGCUUCUGGUCCCUUAAGUUGGGAACAGGAAGCAUUAUUGACAAAUCUUCGUAUUAUGCUCCACAUUUCAAAUGACGAACAUUUGAAGGAGCUGAAGCACCUAAUUUCCACUAAAACUGCAAUUACUGUUAGAUGAUUGUACAAAAUAUUCAUAUAUCAUUGCCCUGUUUUAAAGCAAAAUUGUAGAAGUUGCUCUUUUGUCAACAUUGUAAGAAGAAACAUGAAUGCAAUAAGAUGUAUAUUCUAUCUAUUUCUGUGCACAGAUUGACAUUUUGUAAUUAAGAGAUACAUGUCAAUUGUUAAUUGAUUAUCAAUGUAGUGUAUUUUUACCCAAGGCUCUAUUUUUGUUGAUGAUCUGUUCUGUCUUCUAUUGCUUCUAGUUAUUUUUGAAAUGAAGGGAGUAAAGCUCGUGCUCAUGCCUAAAAUUGGGUGCACCAGCCAAUUAUUUCAUGUCUGAUGUUUACGAGAUGUCAAUUAUUGUUCUGUCUGAUCACGUAAGAGACUUCUAUUUGCACCCUUUGGUGUCAUAUGUCCAUUAACUUUUAAUAUCGCGCCCUGCAUAACAUCAUUACAAAUUUUCAACAUUUUGACAGCUUUGCUUUUAAUGAUCUGUUGAGAAAUUGAAUCUUGAAGUUUACAGUUGACUUUGAACUGUAAUAUAAUGGCUAGUUGUUCAUAUCGGAAUCUUAAUCAAUGUUGCAAUUCUGGCUCUACUUUUAAGUUUACUUACAGAGUAUCUAAUCUGAUCACUGUUGACUCUAAUAAAGUUGGGAUGCUGCUUUUUAGAUAAAUUCUGUAUGCAAUGCAUCAAUAAUUUUACUUCUGUAACUAUGAUUUACUCCAUUGGACUUUGGCUGCUCUUGAAUCAUUCUUGAAUCCUGUACUUUAUUUUCCAGGGCUACAGUUGGAGGUAUGUAUCAUUUGCUUCCAAUGGUACAAAGAUGAUGCCAGGGUUUGCAGCCUUUCUCUUGGCAUUGAACUUUGGACGAUUCAGUCGUCUACUAUCACAGAUAUGCCACGGUUGUGGCCACUCCCUGGUAUCACAGUGUAUGCUACUCUAGUUUUACCUUUUCUCCCAGCCUUAGCUCGAUAUGUUAUUGUCUAUACCUGAGUAUUGUAAAUGAUAAGA